AUGUCGUCCCCAGUCGCAAGCACUGAGGUCAGGAACCGGCGCCAUGGCCACAUUCACGACGAGCCCCGACCCGAAGCAAAACCGGUUGAAAAGCUGCGCUAUGAAUUCGGUGGUCCAAUUGGAGUAUCAGCUCUUAUGGUCGGAUUUCCACUCGUGAUGUACUAUAUGUUCAUCGGCGCAAAGGUUUACGAUGGGAAACUACCUCUCCCCGAGUCCAACCAGUCCAUCACCGACUUCCUUGUGCAUUUUGUUGACCUAGCAUAUGAGCAUGCAUACCCACACAAAAAGGCCUGGACUAUUUACUGGUCGUUCCUCAUCUUCGAGGGCUUUGCAUACCUCUACUUGCCCGGAGUCUACCGCGUCGGCAAACCGCUUCCUCAUCUGAAUGGACACCAGCUCCCAUACUACUGCUCUGCUGCCUGGAGUUGGUUCGUCACAAUUGGCCUGGCCCUGGGCCUGCACUUCACUGGUAUCUUCCGUCUUGACGCACUCAUCACCGAAUUCGGCCCGAUCAUGUCUGUCGCGAUUGCGUCGGGGUGGAUGGUUUCGGUCAUCGCAUACGUCUCUGCGCUGGCGAGAGGUGCUCAGCACAGGAUGACUGGAAACCAUAUCUAUGACUUUUUCAUGGGCGCUGAACUCAACCCGAGACUCUUCAAGUGGAUCGAUAUGAAGAUGUUUUUUGAGGUGCGAAUCCCCUGGUUCAUAUUGUUUCUUCUGACGCUCGCGACGGCGUUGAAGCAGUAUGAACAGCUGGGGUUUGUCUCUGGCGAAGUCUGUUUCUUGCUGAUGGCUCACUUCCUUUACACCAAUGCUUGUGCGAAGGGAGAGGACCUAAUAAUUCCGAGCUGGGAUAUGUACUACGAGAAAUGGGGUUUCAUGCUCAUCUUCUGGAAUCUCGCCGGCGUUCCCAUGAGCUAUUGCCACUGCACCCUAUACCUAGCCUACCACGAUCCCUCAACCUACCGGUGGAACCCGGUAACUCUGAUCAUCUGGGCGGGACUGUACCUCUUUUUCUACUGGAUCUGGGACACCUGCAACAGCCAGAAGAAUGUCUUCCGCGCUGAAGAGCGCGGCGCAAGUGUUGACCGCAAGUCCUUCCCGCAGCUCCCUUGGCGCAGUGUCAAAAACCCGAAGACCAUCAAGACGGCUGAUGGGGGGUUGAUCCUUUGCGAUGGGUGGUAUGGUAUCGCCCGCAAAAUGCACUAUACCUGCGACUGGUUCUUCGCGAUAUCGUGGGGCCUGAUUACAGGCUUCGACUCGCCGUUUCCGUGGUUCUACUCUAUCUUCUUUACGAUCAUGAUCAUCCACCGCGCGAGGAGGGAUAUCCGGCGCUGUCGCGAGAGAUAUGGCGAGGCUUGGAAGGAGUAUGAGAAGCAGGUUCCGUGGCUGUUUAUUCCGGUUAGUCUCCCCCUUUUUCUGGAUUCAGUGGUGAUCGCCCGUCGGUUAGGAUGGCGUGCUGAGGUUUGA